AUGUUGAGAUUGAUGCCGAGGAUGUUGGCCUUGAUGGCGGUGCAGAGGCACACAGCAGCCUCGAGGUCAACGAGUCCGCUGACGAGGGAACAACAAGGUUCACUGGGCGACUUCCCAAGUUUCAACUUGACCAAGUCGAGUACCUCGCGCAGACUACCAGCUUGAGAGCGUCCCUGGGGGCAGGAUAGGUAGGAAGGCUGGCAAGAGCUGCAUGAUGGCGGAGGCUUUACGGGCGGUGGAAGCUUCACCGAUGGCGAGGGAGACGGGACGUAA